AAGGCUCCUCCUGCUCCCUCUGUUUGCUGAGCUCAUUACAGCCAGAGACACAGAGCAGAGUUGAGUGUUGGAGAAAUACGCAGCAAGAUGGUGGCAGUCAGUACUGUGAAGAUGGAGGAUGGAAAAGUCUCCUGUGAGACCCCCGAGGGAACAGUCAUAAAUUUCAACAUUAACCAGCGGUCCUGCAUGGACGGCCUGCUAGAUAUCAUCAAGAAUGUCCGACUGGUUAAAAAAGAUGGACAAUACAACCAGCCAGCUAGAGAGCCUGCUUCAGGAGUAUAUCUAGGAGUUGGGGUCUCUUUCAUGACCUUGGGUUUCGUCAGUGUAAUGCUGGCUAUCAUUUUCGAUGUGGUUCGUCCAGAACUUGGUCUCUUCUAUGGUGGGACACACUUUUGGGUAGGAUUUCCGUUCCUUGUUGCUGGCGCACUGAAUGUUUUGGCUUACAAAUAUCCCAAUGCAUUAUGGAUGGUCCUUUCCUUUAUUUCUGUGUUGGGCUGCUUGGCAGUGUCUAUCACUGGCUUAGUCUUUGCUGCCAAUGACAUCAGUAGCUUCUCCUGGAGGCACAACAUGGAGGAGCUGUGUGAUCAACUUCGCCAAAAACAAAAUCGCUAUUACUAUGGAACUGCGCCUCCAUACUACAGAGACAACAGCUAUGACUAUGAUUCGGACUGGAAUUUGCGGAGCUGCAAGAGUGGAUUUCGACAAUACAAGAACUUGAUGUUGGGCUUGGUCAUUAUGUCCUUGCUGAUGAUGAUCUGGGGCAUCUGUGUUUCCGCUAUAACUCUGAUCUACAGACUGAAGGUGUUUUUCAGAGCCUGCAAAUGUGAGAAAGUUGAAGAGAAUGAUGAUCCUCUGCUGUCACCAAACCCAACCCAAGACAUUAUUAUUGCUUAAAGAGGACGGUGUGAUCUACAUUUUACACAGGCUUAUUUCAGCUUCCUAAAGCUACAAAAUGCAAAGAAAAUAUUCUAAAUCCUGUACUGAGGGAAAUGGGCAAGCUGUCAUUACUGGCCACCUUUCAGUAAUACUAGUUCCCUGGCUGUUUUGGCUUUUAGAGCUUUAAGUUGCUGACUUGGAACAAUUGAGUCAGAGUGAAUUCAAGACCUCUAAUCAGCAUCCUUGUCCUGGCUCAGUGAAAACAUAGAAGCCACUGGACCAGCAUGACAGCCAGGGAACAAGUAGAUCUCAUUCUGUUUUCCUUUAAAGUGGUCUUAAAUGGAACUUGUCACCUUUCCCAUUCUAUUUUUGCUAGCCAGACCUUCCACCCCUGAGAGACAUCUUGGCACACUCCCUUCUUACUAUCUUUGCUUCUAGGUAUGGGGCAGCAUUUGACCUUUCAUUCCUCCUAGGAUGCAACAUUUGUGCUUGAGUGGCAAAUCAUUGGUCCGGGACACUCUUCACAUAAUUGGGGAGCUUGUCCUGAAUGGGAACUAUGACAGAUUCUCCU